AUGAUGGAAAGAUUCACAGCAGUAAUAUUUCUCCUUCUGGUUUCAUGUGUCUGCAGCAUAUCAGGACAGACCUGUGAAGGAAAAUGUGGAAAAAAAUUGUACUCGUGUUCAUGCCACACAACAUGCACGUCUCUCAAGAACUGCUGCAAAGACUAUAAAGAGUACUGUGUGCAAGUCUUUCCUUAUUCGGGGUCCAUUUUGGGUGGCACGGAUUUUAUUGUCCUUGACACGAGUUUCAACAAGAGUUCAGCGAUUCUAUGCAGGUUCAACAGCAAUAUCAACACUGUGGGGUAUGUGGAUGAAAACAGCAGAGGCCAUUGUAUCUCUCCACUAUUGUAUGAAACAGGGUGGGUUCCCUUGCUCGUCUCCUCUGAUAAUGGCACUACAUUCAGUCGAGUUGGAACCUGGCUCUCAGUGCAUACUGGCAAGUUAGAUGCUCAUUUUAAGGCAACUCUGGUCAACUCAACAAAAUGGCAGUACUAUGGUACACCUGAUGUUGGAGGCUUCCUUCGGAUGACAUGGAAUACGUCUUUGGUCAGAGCGGAGAGGGUCAACGUCGAGGUCUGGGGAUACAGGGAGACCGGGAAACCCUACACAGACAACUGGCAGGGGGAGUGGCACUACCUGUACUCACUGGCAAAGGAUCAGCCCAACAAUGGCUCUUUUAGCUUUUUGCCCAAACCAGCGGUGAACGGCUUUUCAAGUUGGGAGCUUGGCUCUCUACGUAUCAGCCCCAGCACCAACCCUGAUGGCACGUGGAAUGUACAAGCAGCUUGGACGGAGGAUCACGCUCUGGCCUGGCAUCUGGAGGAAAGGUUCAGGCAGAACUCAAAAGUUUGGGCCCUGGAAAAAUGUCUCGCAUGGGACCAGCUGGAAAAUCAGCUGCCCAACUUCCUCAGUGAGAUCCUAGACUGCCCCUGCACUCUGGCUCAAGCAAGAGCCGACACUGGGAGGUUCCACACCGACUAUGGCUGUGAUAUAGAGAAGGGCAGCGUGUGCACCUACCACCCUGGGUGUGUUCACUGUGUGAGAGCAAUACAAGCCAGUCCUACAUAUGCAGCGGGACAGCAGUGUUGCUAUGACAGCAAUGGCACUCAGGUGCUGACAGGCGACUCGAUUGGGGGAAGUACCCCAGACCGAGCACACGACUGGGGCUCAGCCCCAUUUCAGAAACCCCCUCGAGUUCCUGGACAGUCCCACUGGGUCUAUGACGUCCUCAGCUUCUACUACUGCUGCCUGUGGUCCGACAACUGCCACUUCUACUUCAAGCACCGGCCCUCCACCGGGUGCAGGCGUUACCAGCCACCCGGCUCAGCUGUGGUGUUUGGAGAUCCCCAUUUCAUAACUUUUGAUGGUGUCAGCUACUCUUUCAACGGCCACGGGGAAUACACUUUGAUGACCUCGGCAAAAAAACGUCUGACAAUCCAAGGCAGGACAGAGCCUGUGAACGCCACGAUAAAAGCUACAAAGUUGACGGCUGUAGCCAUGAAAGAAACAUCCUCGGACGUUAUUGAGGUGCGGCUGGUCGGCGGUCACACCGGCCUUGAAGUACUGCAGAAUCAAAAAACCCUCUCCUUUUCUGAGCAGAGCUGGAUAGACCUGCAUGGUGUGUUUGUGUUUUCUCCUACCUCGACAAAUGUGACCGUGAUGUUCCCAAGUGGAGCCGGGGUGGAGGUGCGACUGAGAGAGGGAACCAUGACAACCACCGUGCUCCUGCCCCAGGAGUUCAAAGACUCCACUCUCGGACUGCUGGGAAAGAUGAACGGUGACGCCAACGACGACCUCAUCCUCAGCAAUGGUCAACUCGUGAGGAACCUCACCAAUCCAGAGGAGCUGUUCAGCUUCGGGGCAAGCUGGGCCGUCUCCAACCAGUCUGCCUUGUUCACAUACGAUUCUGAAUAUCUUUUGAACACAUACUAUUACGCUCCCAGACAUGACCACAGAUUUGUUCCAGUGUUUUCUGUCCCUGAGAGUCCAGAUGAUCCAUUAGCCAAUCAGGCAUAUGAGAUAUGCACCGGAGAGGGCGCUCAGUACUGUAGGUAUGAUAUCCUGGUAGGUCGUAGUCCACGAAUGGGAAAUGCAACCAAAGUGUCUUUCCAGAGUCACAUUUCUCUCGUGGAGGAUCUAAAGCAAGUGAUAUCCUGUGGGCGGCUUUCACCUCCAAAUAAUGGCAAGAAGGAGGGGACCACAUAUUUUCAAGGAGCGAAGGUGCAGCUUUCCUGCAAUGACGACUACACUCUCAAAGGGUCUGCAGAGCGAAUAUGUCAGGAGAACGGCCAGUGGUCCGGAAAAGACACGAGCUGCGUGCUUCCCAGUAAUCUCGCAGCAAUCGUGGCCGGUUCAGUCAUCGGAGCGAUGGCGCUGAUCGUAAUCAUAACAACGAUCGUACUCCACUCUAGGAAACAGAACAGAAAAGCUGCACGGCCGGGAGAAGUUAUGACAAGUGAGGCCUUCUAACCACAACUGUUCAUCUGCUGAAACAUGUCUCACUUAGACACAUGCAUGCUUCCAUUGGAUAAAGACACACAUAACACAAAAGGGAUAUAUCCUCUUAAACCGUAGCCAUGUUCCGGCUUUAAUUAUAUUAUAAGGUUGAGCAAAGUUCACUGCACAGUUAAAGAACAACUACACUUGACAUCUUUUACACGCUGCUUCUUCCAAGGCAGAAAGGUUAUUGCACUGAUAUCUAUAGACCACAUUUGAACUUUUGACCAUAAAAGCAAAGCAUUCUGGGCUAUAAAACUACAGGUUUA